AUGACAUCUUUGUACGCCUCCGUGCCCAACCUCUGCAUCGACUUGAGCCGAUGGAGCUGCAACACUUCAACAGGCUCCCUUUUCUUGACUCGAACAUGGAAGAUUGUGUCGAAGGAAGGACUCAACGGCGAAACUGCUCUGUUGAAACCGUCGUCCACCCUCUCAGUAAUGUUUGGGGUUCGGGAGCCGGGUAUAUCAUGGGCCUUGCUGGAAGAUGCCAUCCUGGCGACCUGGCUCUCGGCCUCAGUAAGGCUAGCCACGCUGGAUUUCUUGCGCAAGAACAAGGAGAUGGUGCGGGGAAUAAGCUUUCCAUUCUUUUUUGGGCGAAUGGGAUUGGCGAAAUUAAAGAAUAAUGAGUUGAAUGGGGUCGGCGAAAAAGGAGACGAAAAUAUCAAGUUCUCGGGAGCCCUGGACCAGAAGUUGUCCUCGAGAGAGGAUGGGCGAGCUGACGGAGAGGACAAUGUUACACACUUGUCAUGUGCCUAUCUCGCUGGCCAAUCCCAGGCUAGGUGCACUGUCCGCAACAUCAUGAUCCUACCACUGGCCUCAAAGCGGCCAAUACCUGCCUAUCCUGAUGGCAGUAUUGAACGCCGUUCCGAUUCUGAUUCUAUGUGCCCUCAGUUUCACUCCCUUUGGUGUCGCGAAUUCAUUGUUCGACGAUAUAGUCACCCGACUAGUAUACCUUUCGGUGCCGACAUUGGUCCGUUGGCGUUUGGGUUUCUCAAGCAUGCGUAUUCUCCAACCCACGUGGAAAACGCGAAACAGCGAUUGGGUCGUACAGGGGCUCUCCGUCUCUGA